AUUACAAUUCCAUUAACUCUCAUCUCUAGGUGACGUAAAGAAAACAAAAAACGAGAGCAAGAAUGGUCGAGGAGGAGGUUGAGGUAGAUGUGGAGAUCAACACUACGGCUGAUAAGUUCUUCUUGUUCGCCAGAAGAUCACAAAACGUGGUCACAGCCACUCGCUACAUUCAGGGAUGUGAUCUGCUCGAAGGCGAAUGGGACAAAGUUGGAAGCAUAAUUCUUUGGAAAUUAGUUUUUGAUGGAGAGCCAAGAGUGUCGAAGGAUAGGAUCGAGACGGUGGAUAUGGAGAAGAAUGUGAUUCAGUGGAGGGUAUUAGAGGGACCUUUAAAGAAAGAAUACAAGAGCUUCUUGAAAACGGUGAAGGUGAGCCCUAAGCAAGGAGGAUCUGGAAGUGUGGUGAAGUGGAACAUGAAGUAUGAGAGGAUUGAUGAGAAGGUAGCUCACCCAAAGAGGCUUCUCCAGUUCUUUGUUGAAGUGAUUAAAGAGGUUGACCGAUAUCUCUUGUCUGAGGAAUAGGGGUUAUUUAUGCUUGGCUUGUGUAGUUGUGUGUGUGAGAGUUAUAUAUUGUAUGCGUGAGAACUCCUCUUGUGUUUUGUAUGUCUUUCUCAAUUAUUGUGAUCUCUCUAAAUUUAGAAGAGAUGUCUGCAAGUGUGCUGGUUUAGUGGAGCUUGUAUUACGUACGCUUGAAGUCGC